AUGCCUCACUACUGCACUAAGGCUCUUUUUUUGGGUAUACUCUUCGUGAUGGUGCUAGUGGUUGGAUGGAGCGGUUACUCGGUGCGAGCACAGACAAACCCUACAACAUCAUCAACAACAGCAACACAACCAUCAUCAGGCUCAUCCUCAAAAGAUUCCUCUAAUAUGGACAACAAGCAACCACCAGCACUGGUAAUUCCUAAACAAUUAUCCAAGGAAACAUAUGAUAAAGUCAUGGCGACCAUGGAUGCCCUACUCAAACGGCUACACCAACAACAUUUGGCCCUCAAAUCUCAAGUUGAGAAUGCUCAAAUGCAGCUCUUGAUCGCACAAAAGGAUGAGGAACAAGCCCGUCAGACCUACGAGAAACUUCAAAAGCAAUACUUCACCACAAAGCUUCAGAGAGCAUCGAUGGCCACCAAGCUGAAGGCUGCUUUGAAAGCUUUCAAACAAGCCCAGAAGGCAUCAAAGAGCUCUCUUUCUCGAUACAACAAGAUGAUCAAGGCGAAAGCCGACGUUGAAGGAAAAUACGAAAGUGAGAGAAGGAAAUUGGCAAGCCUUAAGAAGAAGGCCCAAGAAUUGUUGGACGUUCGAAAUAUUAAUAAUCGAAAGUAA